GGCCUGCCAUGGCCGCCGCGGUGGUGGUGGUGGGAUCCUGCAUGACCGACCUGGUCAGCUUUACCACUCGAUUGCCAAGAGCUGGAGAAACCAUCCUUGGACAUAAGUUUCUCAUUGGUUUUGGUGGGAAAGGAGCCAAUCAGUGUGUCCAGUCUGCUCGACUUGGGGCCAAGACCUCGCUGAUCUGCAAGGUUGGCAAAGAUUCCUUUGGCAAUGAUUAUGUUGAAAAUUUGAAGAAAAAUGGUAUAUCUACAGCAUUUGUAGGUCAGACUACAGAUGCUUCUACUGGAACUGCUUCAAUAAUUGUCAACAGUGAAGGACAGAAUGUUAUUGUCAUAGUCCCAGGAGCCAAUCUGCUUCUGAACUGUGAAGACCUGAAGAGGGCUGCUGAUGUCAUCUGUAAAGCUAAGGUGGUUGUUUGCCAGCUGGAAAUAACUCCUGCUGUGUCUCUCGAAGCUCUGAAAAUGGCACGUGCCAGUGGAGUAAAGACUUUAUUUAAUCCAGCUCCAGCCCUUGCUGACUUAGAUCCACAGUUUUAUACCCAUUCCGAUAUCUUCUGCUGCAAUGAAACUGAGGCAGAAAUUUUAACGGGCAUCCCAGUUGGCAACCUUGAAGAUGCUCAAAAGGUGGGACGCCUGCUGUUAGAAAGAGGGUGUAAGCUCGUAAUCGUUACUCUUGGAGCAGAAGGCUGCAUGAUGAUAUCAGUAGAAGAACCUAUUCCAAAGCACGUUCCUGCUGGGAAGGUCAUGGCUGUGGACACUACGGGAGCUGGAGAUAGUUUUGUGGGAGCGCUGGCCUUCUACCUGGCUUACUAUCCCRAAUUAUCCAUGGAGGAAAUGAUCAGGAAGUCUAACUGCGUUGCAUCAGUGAGCGUCCAGGCCCCAGGAACACAAUCUUCAUAUCCUUACAGGAAGGACUUGCCUCAGGACCUUUUCUAAUCGACAUUGUCYAGCUCAAUGUACUGAUUUUAUCUGAUCUGAGACAGCAUUAUUCCCCUAAGUGCACAGAGCUUCUCCUCUGCUGCAUGCAGGGCCUUCUUUCUUACUAGAGAGAUAAGAAAYUGUUAAUUUAAUUUAAUUUAACUGUUAAUAAGAUACUGUCAUCCCCCCGGAUGGGCCUGAGCACUGUGCCCCGUUCUGCCAGUCUUGGGGAGGGCUCCUGCAUGGGGCCAAGUGCGAGAGCACUUCUAGGCUAGGCUUUAUAAAAACCGUUCUAGCCAUGUUGCUCUAAACGUGAGAUAUUUCAAGAAAAAACACCAGCAGAAGUGAUCAGAAAACUAAUGUGACAAUCUGCUAUCUUCACACUUGACAAAAAUGCAGAAAUACAAAAUAUGGCCAACUUACCUGACUUGCUGUAACAACCUUUUGACUCUGGUUCCAACUUCUGCAAAAGCUCAUCUUAUUUUACCAGGUUCCCCUUGUUCCUUC